AUGGAUAAAGCACAUCCAUUGAGUAUCCCAAUGGUUGUGAGAUCACUUGAUAUUAAUAAAGAUCCAUUUCGACCUCAUGAAAAUAAUGAAGAACUUGUUGGUGCUGAGGUACCAUAUCUUAGUGAAAUUGGGGCAUUAAUGUAUCUUGCUAGUAAUUCACGACAAGAUAUAUCUUUUGCUGUAAAUUUAUUAGCAAGAUUUAGUUCUUCCCCAACACGAAGACAUUGGAAUGGUAUUAAGCAUAUAUUCAGAUACCUUCGAGAAACUAUUGAUAUGGCACUGUUUUAUUCAAAUGAGUCUGAUUCACAAUUAAUUGGCUAUGCAGAUGCAAGAUAUUUGUCUGACCCACAUAAAGGUCGAUCUCAAACGGGUUAUUUGUUUACAUAUGGAGGUACAGCUGUAUCAUGGCGUUCAACAAAACAAACCAUGAUUGUUACAUCUUCAAAUCAUGCAGAGAUAAUAGCCAUUCAUGAAGCAAGUCGAGAAUGUGUCUGGUUGAGGUUAAUAACUCAACACAUUCAGGAAAUAUGUGGCCUUACUUCGAAGAAGAAUAUUCCAACUAUAUGA